AUGGCUAUACAAGGAGAAGGAACAGACUCAAUUGAACAGACCAUGCCUGGUCUUACCCCGAAGGACAAUUUGAAGCAAGAAACAAGCGACGACUCAGAGGCAGGAAGCUUUUUAGAUGACGAUACGGAGAACUUUCUGCCAUGUGGAUGGACAGGUAGUGCGAAGAAGAAGACCCCGUCUGAUUACAAGUCUCGAAAACGUGGAGCGAUCAAUAUCAAGGCAGAUAAAGUCAAGUGCCCAUCACCAGCUCUGACUAUUGUCAAGAAACUAAGUCUCCACGAAGACCACUACCCAACCUCCAGCCUAACCUCAUUAGACGCCAGUGUCUCGUCAAUUUCUGUCGGUGACAGUGGGUCUACAAUCCUGGCAUCUUCAACAGCUGAGCCUUCUGCAAAAUCAACUGCUGCUGCCACUGACUGGCACUACCACCAAGUCCAAGCAAAGUACCGUGACUAUUGGGCGACUUCAAGUACCAGCUUCAAUGAUUCGCCAAGCACGCACACCGAGCGAAGUCCUACAAGGGCAAAUCAAAUCUCUCAAGUACGAAGUUGA